CUGUCCUCAGAGUAAUUAUUUAGUGAGUGAAAUGCCAACGUGCAUCGUUCCGGGUUGUACGUCAGGAUACGUUUCUAAUCCCGAAAAAGUGCACUUUUUUACUGUUCCGAAAAAUGCCGACAGUGCAAAACAGUGGAAAAUUGCUGUGAGGCGCCCAGACGAUUUUGUUAAAUCUAGAAGUGCUGUGUGUGAAAAACAUUUUCGAAAGAGCGAAAUUCUUUGGAAACGAGAACUACUCGGUCCUGAUGGCCAAGUGCUUGGAGUGUCACAUUAUAAAAUCCCACGACUGAAAAAAGGGUGCGUGCCAUCGCAGUUUCCAUGGGUCGAGUCAACGGAACCGGAUGAUACACAAAUGAAAAAUCUGUUAUCUCCAGACAACAAUCAUGAAUCUGCCGCCACCGCUCAAGUGAAUAUUACCAAAGAUGAAGCGAUGGAAAUUCCAACUCCUGAAGAUUGUGCUACUGUCACUGAACCUGCUCCAAUGAUUUUGCUCGAACAAAAAAUUCCUGAAACAAGUUGUCCCAUAUUUGGAUUCAACGACAUUCUCACUGCACAGUUAAAUCUUCCAACUGGAUGGGCGAGACAAGCAACUUCGUGUGGAGACAAUAAAAUCGUCUUUUUUUUUAUCCACCACACCGUAGAGAUUGAGGGCAUCUUCCAAACUUUCCUACUCAAAGAUGUGACAAUAAAAGAAAACUUGUCGAUUCAGAUCAGAGUUAUGGGCCUACAACUUGAUCCAGCUAGUCUUCAGUUACCUUCAGUCAUUACGGAUAUAGAACAACUGCAGGAUUUGCUGACUAAAAUUCAUCGGUUCAACUUAUGUAAUGGUUGUGCGGAACCACCGAUUAAACCAGAAUUAGAACAAUUGAAUUGCAAGGCAAUCAGAAAAGAUGUAAUGAAUAAAUGGCGUCAUGCUGAAUGCUGUCUUCUGAUUUCAAAAGGAAGGAAUUGCCCAUAUUGCAGCAGGGCGAAAAAAACUUUGGAAACAAAUUUUCGCAGAUUUAUACAAAACAAAGUGAAGGAUCGACGGAAGAAAAAAAAGGAUUUAAAUGAACAGAAAAAGACAUUGGUGAGAUUGCAGUCAAGAUACCGUGCAGCAAUAAAAGCCAAACGUCUCGCUCGAGAACAAAUAAAAAACUUGAAGCAAGAAGUUUUUAAGAUACGGAAGAAAUUAGCCGAAUGUACCUCGAAAGACCUUGAGCAGCACAUAAAAAGUGGAAAAAUUCCCCCGAAUCAACUACAUGUUCUCACACAAAUUAUUGACGCUGCAAAACAUAAAAGUGCAAAAGGGCGCCACUACUCUGAGGAAUGGAUGCUGCUGUGCAUGCUUUUGCAUAUGAAGUCCCCAACCGGCUACGAGUUCUUGCGGUGCAAUGAAAUUUUACCCCUUCCAAGCAUGAGAACUGUUCGAAGAUAUUUAUCAAACAUUAAAACUGCAUGCGGUUUUGAUAUGGAAUUUUUUCGAGUUCUGAAACUGGAGCUGGGGAAGGUCGACGAAUCGCUACGUCACGGGAUUCUUUUGCUUGAUGAAAUUUCGACCCGGGAAAGCGUUGGCGUUGAUUCAAAGAAUCUGACGUACAAAGGAUUAAUUGAUUUCGGUUGUGAAGCCCCGAAGUCCUCUAAUUUUUCAGAGAAAGCGAAUCACGCAUUGGUUUUGAUGUUCCAACCAUUGAAGGAUGGCCAUGCUCAGCCCAUUGCAAUGUUUGCAUCGAGAGGACCUGUAGCUGGUACAGUUCUUGCGCAGCUGAUCAUCAAGUCGAUCAUUUUAUUAGAACAAAGUGGAGCGAAAAUUCACGCCGUUGUCAGCGACGGUGCGAGUCCGAACAGAAAAUUCUGGACCGAACUUGGUGUAAGUGGAGCAAGAGAAAAGGUUCGCAACUUUUUCGAACACCCUGUGACACCUGACCGCAAAGUAUACGCGUUCUCUGAUACUCCACACCUAAUCAAGACCACUCGCAAUCGUUUGUAUAACAACGGUGUGCUACAGAUGGAUCCUUCCGGGUUAAUUAUCAACUGGGAACACAUCAAACUUUUGUACGAGAAAGACCGCGAACAUGCAGGGCCUGGUCAAGCCCUGGUUUGUCCAAAAUUGUCAUCGAACCACGUUCAUCUUAACAAUUCGCUGAAAAUGCGUGUCCGGUUAGCUACUCAAGUGUUCAGCAAUUCAGUCGCCGGUGCAAUGCGAUUUUUUGCGAAGUACGUGCCGGAGUUGCGUGAGUGUGAGGGUACGGCUUCGUUUUGUCAGUGGAUGAACGACAUGUUUGAUGCUCUCAAUCGCAAACACCCGAUCCAUGGAGUGCAACCAGGGAAUAAAGAUUUUAAGAUGCACAAGCUCCUGCAAAUGCCGACAACUAUGAGAUUGGACGAUAAUAAUUCAAGAGUCACUAAAAAAGCUAGAUGCGUGGGAGGAACACGUGCAAGCAGGACGCUUGUCAAAAGAACUAUUUUUGACCAAACAAACAGCUGAAGGCUUACGCGUCACACUGCAAUCAAUGUUGGAUUUGGUUCAGUAUCUUACACAACAAUGUGGUUUUCCAUAUGUUUUGACAGGUCGAGUGAACCAAGAUCCUUUAGAGGUUUGUAAACAAAGCCCGUUGAAAAUAAAAUUUCUAAUAAAUUGCAUUUUUAAUCAACAGACUGUUUGUGGUGGAAUGACGAUGUGGAAUUCAGAACAGCUCUUCUCUACGAAUUCUAUAAUUGGAUGGCAUUUAUUGUGGAAUUUCUGUUUGGAUUUUUGGCUAUUACAUUUUUUCAUUUAAGGCAUGUGUGUUUGGUUUUGGAUUGUUCCUAACAGAAGUUUUUUGGUACCGUACGACAGGCAGGAGGUUGUGAUGACCAUCCUUCAACACCUACGUUUUUAUAUAUUUAUAAAAUCCUCUCCAUAUAUAGCGUCUUAAGACCGCCGAAAACCGGGAAUUGUUCAAUAACAAAGAGCAAUUCGACUGAACCUUUGGUGACUCUGGGCGAUCUCAAGACCAUAUAUAACAAUCCUGAUGCCUCCAAAGAUUUAGCAGAUUCUAUUAAGCUCAAAUUGCAGCAACUUGUUCGGCACGAAGAUUGGGAUUUAGAGCAUAUUACAUCAGAGCACGAUUACACCAUGCCUCAAAUUGCUAACUGUGUCACGUACUGCUUGACGGCGGAUUUGACAAAAAAAAUUUGCAACUCAGUUAAAUGCUUGGUGUGUAAAGAGGCUUUGUUAAAUUCUCGCGAUGGUACAGUUAUUUUACCUGAAGCUGUUUUACAAAAUUGGCAACAACGGGGUGCGUUAGUACAUCCCAACGGGCAUUUGUAUCGGUUCGUGUUGUACUUGGAAAAUAGCUUUCAAACCCACUGUCAAUCUCCAUAUGUGUUUGAAGAAAUAUUGCAUGACGUCUACAAAUAUGAUUUCUUGUCGUUCCCCUGCAAAGCACACGCUCACGACAUUUUGUAUCAACUGAUACAAUGUUUUAUUAUGAAAAGGAUGCAGCAGUAUUGCACACGCAUUAAUUUAGAACAAAAAAAAGAAAACCAGUUGGGCAAAAAAAAAUCAAAAUUUUGCAAAACCUAACCCUUGAACUCGAUGCAUGAUUGA